AUGCCUUCCACGGUUAAGAUAAUUUCCACCUUAUUCAUAGUCACCCUCCUCGUCACCUCCUGCAGAGCUGCGUCCCGCCCUGGUCCGACAGAAGCUCCGACCGCCGCUGGUCCGACCGCCGCUAAUCCGACCAACGUGGCCACUUCCGAUGUCAAUUUUGAGGGACAUACUUUCGAUCCCAUGAUCGACCGACUUGAUCCCGCUCUUUUCGCCGCCAGCAGCUCCCACAAGGCGGUGGAUGGACAUGAUUCGGACGAGGAGGAUCUAUGUGUAGGGCUGGGAGAAAAUGAUUGCUUGACGAGAAGAAAUCUAGCAGCUCAUCAUGUCGAAUAA